AUGGCCCGCCCUCCCUCAAUCUCGCUGCACCACGGCGCCGCCGCAUGGGUCCCGUUCUCCUUCCUGCCGUUUUCCUUCGAGUUCCGCACGCUGCCCAUCCCGUCGACGUUGCUCAAUCUGCUCGACACGAAGAAUGGGACCCUGUUAAAAGUAUCGCUGGAAGACGGCAAGACGCUGCAGCUGAUCUCAAACGUCACCAAGUUCAAGCAGAUCUCACAUCCAGCGAUAUGGGUAGCCGAUGGAGGGUGGCACAGCCUGUCUCUGAGAAUUCGCGGCUCGCGGCUUGAGGUCGACAUUGACGGGUUUACCGUUUUGUGGCUGGAAGGUUCCGAGGUCCGCCGAAUCUCGGUGCAACUGUCGUCGUUGGUGCUAGCAUCAGCUGGCUGCUAUCGGAGCACCACUGUCGAUUUCGCGACCGUGCGCACCGAGGGGAAAGUGGAACGGAUGAAGUGCGGCAUGGUCGACCGGUGUUUGCCGAAUCCCUGUGCCAAUCGAGGGCUGUGCUCGCAGACGUCACUGACGGAAUACGAGUGCCAGUGCGAGAAGGGGUUUUCCGGAAAUAAUUGUCACACUUCCGAGCACUACCGUUCCUGCGAGGAAUGGUUCUUUUUCCGCGAUCGCAAAUUCAAGAAAACCGAGCCGAGCAAUGCAAAGACCAGAAAUAUCACGGUUGAUAUCGACGGCGGUUCGAGAUUGACGCCCUUUCAAAUGCAGUGCAAGCGGGACGUGGAUCCGGUCGGGAACGUUAUUGUCACGUCCAUGCUCGAGCACGACAUGAAGACGGCGCUCGUCGUGAAGGGAGAGCAAAAGCCGGGCGCGGUCAAGCGCGCGCUGGACUACGGAAUUGGGCAGGACGAGCUGGACGGGCUGGUUGAAGGUUUUGAUGAGUGUCAACAGUGGAUGUCCUACGGAUGCCGCGGCGGAGCCAGGCUGAUGACGUACAACGACGAGCGAACGCCUUCAAGUUGGUACGCGACGCGCGGGGAUAAGCACGCCUUGCAGUGGGGCGAGGCCCCGCCCUAUUCGCGGAUGUGCAGCUGCGCGGUCAACUCGACGUGCACGCACAAUCGGAUGUGCAACUGCGAUUCGGGGGAAGAUGGCGUCGACGCGGGCUGGAAUCCGUUUCCGCAUAUCCUACCCGUCACCACGCUAUUCUUAGGCGGCACCACAGCCACAUCGGCAAUCAACGUGACGAUUGGCCCGUUGAUAUGCCGGAAUAAAAUGGUCUUCGAGCCCGUCACGUUCAUCUCGAAGAACGCGCGACUUGUCGGGCAGAGUCGUGCCCCAUCCGAGCACUUUUCGCUUCUUUUCCACAUCCGCUUCACCCAUCCGCUGCUCUCAAUCUUCACCUGGGAGAGCGUCGACGGGCUCCACUGGUUCCAGCUGUACGUCAAGGGUGGUCAACUCGUCGGCGAGGUUGUGAAUGGGGGUGAGACCGUGACGCUGACGACCCGCGACGCGUUCAACGACGGGAAAUGGCAUGCCGUUUAUUGGGAAGCCGACCAAUUGGGGAUGCGGCUCAGCGUCGACGGCGCGACGGCCCACUACAAGGGCCUGCUGCUGCUGCCCAGCGUCCACGAGUGGGUGUUCGGCUCCCGCGAGGGCAAGGGGCUCACCGGAAUGGCCGGCGUGCUGCGGAACAUCUACCUAUGCGGCGACGAGAUCGUGCUUGCCAAUAUAGCGCGGAAGGGGCCGAUUCAGGGGAUACAGAUCGGCGAAGUGGGCCACUGCCAGCCGGGCUACUGCCACAACGGCGGCCAAUGCGUCGAUGGGUUCGACUCGUACCGCUGUGACUGUUCGUUGACGCCUUUCGGAGGGAAUGAUUGUACUCGGGGUCAAGAUGGAAAGAUCAUA